AUGUUGAGAUCGUUAUUGAGACCUGCUGCUGCCAGAACCUUUCUCCCAAGGGCCCCCGCCUUUGGUUCGUUUGUCAGAUACAACUCUAGCAACUUCAAGAUCAACACUCAAUCUCAUGUGUUCAAGUACCUUCAGGAAGGACCCAAAGCCGUCAAGUAUACCGCCGAGCACGAGUGGAUAGCUGUCCAUGAGGACGACACCGCGUUCAUUGGUAUCACCACCUACGCUGCUGAAGCUCUUGGAGAUGCCACUUUUGUGGAAUUGCCAGAAGUUGGCCAGGAAGUCGAUGUUGGAGAAUCGAUUGGUUCCGUUGAAUCGGUCAAAUCUGCUUCUGAAAUCUACUCCCCCGGUUGCUGGAGAGGUUAUUGCUAUCAACGAGGCGUUGGAGUCGAACCCUCUGUUGAUCAAUGA